GACAAGACUACCCCAAUCUAGUAGUCUCCUGACGUUUCGAAGGUUCGAGAAGGAAGUGGUGUGAUACAAGCUUCACGUGAUCUGCAUUGUCGUAACAGCAUACUAUUUUAUCAAACGAAAAUAUGUAGUAUUAUUAACAGGAAAUUUAGUGUAUGAUAAUUAAAUCAAGUGAAAAACAAGUAUAAUUUGCUACGAUUUUGAAGUUAGGUGGUUAAAAAAUGGCGUUGUAAAAAUAGGAAUUAAACUAGGAUUAGGAGUAAGUUCAUACUUGGAUCUGGAGCCCCUCAGUGUCAGUUUCAGAAGUUGUGCAAACAGCAUGGCUUCUAGAAUAUCCAACUCCCAGCCCAUUAACAUAAGUGGAUGGGAGGUGCCUGUUAAUUCCAGGAAAAAUCAGCGAGAUAGGGAUAAUGUGAUUACAUACUGUAGACAUGAAGAUGACAAAGUAGUAGCAUCCAUAAAUAACACUCCAGGUUCACUUAAUCAUGGUGGACAUGUUCUGUUCAAUUGGCAAGCAGGCAAAGCCACAGUCAAAGAAAGAUUGGCCUUUAUUUUUAAUAAAGAAAUCUUGAGUGAUGUACAUUUUAUUGUAGGAAAAGGAGCUCAGCUGCAGAGAAUUCCAGCUCACAAGUUUGUUCUUUCUGUUGGUAGUGCUGUGUUUGAUGAUAUGUUUAAUGGUGCCAUGGCAACAAGCUCAGGUGAAAUAGACCUCCCUGAUGUUGAACCUGCAGCUUUUUUGGCUUUACUUAGGUUUUUAUACUCUGAUGAGGUUCAGAUUGGUCCAGAAACUGUAAUGACAACAUUGUAUACAGCCAAAAAAUAUGCUGUUCCUGCUUUAGAAAAAGCUUGUGUGGACUUUUUAAAGUCUAAUCUGAGUAGUGACAAUGCCUUUAUGCUCCUAACCGAAGUGCGAUUGUUUGAUGAACCGCAACUUGCUGCUCUCUGCCUUGAAACCAUUGACAAAUGCACCUCUGAAGCACUAGCUGCAGAAGGUAUUACAGACAUUGAUCGCGAUACUCUUUGUGCUGUUUUAGAGAGAGAAACUCUCCAAAUCAGGGAAGCAAAGCUAUUCAAUGUAGUUGUCAGUGGUCCUCCAUCAAUAGAAGUGCAACAAACUCUCCUAUCGCAGCUGACUCCCUCUAUGCAGUUGAACCCAAUCUUGACUUCUUGAUUUGGCACAACAUUGUUAAGACCUAGUGCUUGAUUUAAAUUUAUUUUUUCUUUAGCGCAUUUGGAACAUUCUCAAAGUAUUGUUUAUAAUCCACCAUAAAGUUGGAUUUCUUUAUUUGAUUGUGAAUUCUAUUUAUCACUUAAUUACCAGUAGUCAGUCAGUAUUUUUGAAUUCACAAUUUACUAUUAUUACUACAGUGACUAUCAACAAGUAUGUUGUGUUUUGUCUUUGUUGCCCAUGUCAUUUGAUCCCUCCCCUUUGUUAUUAACUGCAGCACCUAUUUCUGAAUUUUUGAUUUCCCCCUUCCCCUAAUAUUAAGAUCCAUGCUGAAUGUUUUGCAGACCAAUUAUGUGCAGGGAUUAAUAUACCUCACCCCCCCACCUACUGCAGAGGCUCAUGCAUUUGUAUAUCAUCAUUCGGCAAACUCUUGGGUCAUUUGAGUUUUGUUAGAAGGACUCUCCCUCCUUUUCCUCACACUACCACCUUAUCUUCUGUCCCAGUCCCUUUCCCAUCCCUCAAGAUCCCGUUUCCCGCCAGUGAAUCACAGAAGCAGUUCAAGACCUUCUCAUCAAGGGUGCCACCAAACAGGUCUCUCCUGUGCUUCCAGGAUUAUAUUCCCAACUUUUUGUCGUCCUUAAGAAGACCCAUGUAUUGUCAUCCUGUUUUCGAUCUAUCCCAUAUGAAUUGCUUUCUUGACGUGCCUCUGUUCACCAUGGAAUCCUACCAGUCUCUCUUAUGAGCAUUUCUUCCAAAGCUUUGGAUGAUGCACUUCGAUGUAUUCAAUGCUUAUCUUCACAUUCCUAUUGCUUGGGCCUCACAUCAUUAUCUAUGUUUUGUCUGUGAGGAUCACAUUUAUCAAUUCUGAGCUCUUCCUUUCUGGCUGGUAUCGGCACUCUACACUUUCUGUCUGGUGGUCCAGUCAUUUGCCCAAUUCCUAUGAUUUCACAUUCUCACUUUCCUUCUUUAUAUGGACAUCUGGUUUCUUCUAGCUCCAUCCUUCACAGUGUCUUAGACACCCAAUUUCUCAUCUGUGAUGU